AAAGAGAGAGAGUAGUAAUUUGUAGGUCUUGUUUCUUCUUCACGACUCACAUACGUACAUACAUCUCCAAAGCUUUUUCAGAUUCUUACCAACUAUGCCUCCAAAAUCAGCGAGAAAGACACCUACAGGUUCUGGAUCCAAAAGAGGUGGCCGUACAUCUCGUGCCACGCCAAAGUCUCUUGAGGAACCAAUGGAAGAAGAGAGUAAGGAUAACGCGGUGGAGCUCAAACAAGAAUUCAAAGUCCCUGAAGAAAAGCUGGAGCCUGAGCAACCGUUGAAUGCCAAAGCUGUACAGAACAAGAUGCUCAGUUCAGACAAGAAGGUGGAUGAUGUGAAAGAGUCAGUCGAUCAAUAUGAAAAGGGUGAGCGAUUAGAUUUGGAGGAUAAUGACCCUGAAUAUGACCCUGAAGAGUAUGGCACUGUUGAUUAUGAUGAGAGAGGAAUUGAAAAUGAUGAUAUUCAGGAAGAGGGAGAUGAAAUAGAGGAAGAACCUGAAGAGGUAGAUGUUGAUGAAGAGGAAGAGGGUGAUAUGGUGGAAGAGGAUGUUGAAGGUGUUCAUGAGGAAAUUGAGGGCGAUGAAGAAGAUGAGCAUGCUGGGGAGGAGCAUGCUGAGAUGGUUCAUGCCGCUGAGGAGGAAGAACAUCAUGAAGUUGUUAAAGAAAGGCGUAAGCGGAAGGAAAUUGAAAUAUUUGUUGGUGGUUUGGACAAGGAUGCUACUGAGGAUGAUCUCAGGAAGGUCUUCAGUAAAGUUGGCGAGGUUACUGAAGUGAGGCUUAUGAUGAAUUCUUAUACAAAGAAGAAUAAGGGAUUUGCAUUCCUGCGAUUUGCCACUGUGGAACAAGCAAAACGAGCUUGUACUGAGCUGAAAAAUCCAGUGAUCAAUGGAAAACAGUGUGGUGUCUCUCCAAGUCAAGACAAUGAUACUCUGUUUUUGGGUAACAUAUGCAAGACCUGGACAAAAGAAGCUUUAAAAGAGAAGCUGAAGCAUUAUGGUGUUGACAAUAUUGAGGAUUUGACGUUGGUCGAAGACACUAAUAAUGAGGGAAUGAAUCGAGGAUUUGCUUUCUUGGAGUUCUCUUCACGUUCAGAGGCCAUGGAUGCUUUUAAGCGGUUACAAAAGAGAGAUGUUAUGUUUGGUGUUGAUAGGCCCGCAAAGGUUUCUUUUGAGGAUUCAUUCAUUGAUCCUGGGGAUGAAAUCAUGUCACAGGUCAAAACAGUGUUUGUUGAUGGCCUUUCUGCAUCCUGGGACGAGGAUCGUGUGCGGGAGUUUCUUAAAGAAUAUGGGAAGAUUGAAAAAGUUGAGCUUGCCAGAAAUAUGCCUUCAGCCAAGAGAAAGGACUUCGGAUUUGUCACCUUCGACACCCAUGAGGCUGCAGUUACUUGUGCUAAAAGUAUUAAUAAUGAGGAAUUGGGUGAAGGAGAUAACAAGGUUAAAGUUAGGGCCAGAUUAUCAAGACCCCUUGAGAGGGGCAGAGGGAAAUAUGGUGGACGAGGAGAUUUGCGACCUUGGCGUAUGUCCAUGCAUGGUCCCCGUGCCCCUUGGGGUCGUAUAGUGCCACAUAGUCAUGCUAUUCGAGGGACUAGAGUUAGUACACGCAUGCCUCCUGUAGUUGGUCGUGGUUUCAAACGACCUGCAGGAUCGAGAGAUAGACGGGCAGUGAUGGAUUUGCCUCCUAGGGGAAGACCCACAGCUCCACCAUCUAGCAGGUCAUAUGACCGAAGACCACCUGUUCCCUCAUAUCCAAAGAGUAGCUUGAAGAGGGAGUAUGGACGGCGAGAGGAAAUCCCUCCUCCCAAAAGUAGAGCAGUAGCUGAGUAUCCUUCGAGGGUUCAUUCUGACAGACGUGCAUCCUAUAGGGAUGAGUAUUCUUCCCGUGGGUCUGGUUACCCUGAAUUGCCUAGAGGUACUCACUCUGCAGCAAGGAGAGCUUAUGUUGAUGAUGGAUAUGGGCAACGGUUUGAAAGGCCCCCUCCAUCUUACCGCGAGGGACGUGGUCGUGAAUAUGACUCUGCGUCUGGUUCAAAACGUCCAUACACUGCAGUGGAUGAUGUUCAUCCCCGCUAUGCUGAGGCAGGAGUGCGGCAUUCUCGUGCUCGUUUGGAUUACGAACUAGGCAGUGGAAGUGGCUCCCAUUAUGGAGAUGCAUAUGCUGACAGUAGACUUGGGAGAUCAAAUCUUGGAUAUGGUGGCAGUAGGGGCUCCCUUUCAGGUCAAGAUUCUCAUGGGAUGUAUAGCAGUCGUCAGGAUAUGGGUUAUGGUGGAGGCUCCUAUGGUGGAAGUGAUGUAGGUGGAAUGUAUUCAUCCAGCUAUGGUAGUGAUUACAUGUCUCGUGGCAGCGAUGUUGACUCGGUUUAUUCUAGUCGUGGUAUGGGUGGCAGUGGUUAUACGGGAAGUGGUGGUUCUGGAUCAUACUACUAAUAAGCUUAAACUGCAGAGGAAUUUUGAGAGAACUUGAUAGUGCAUAACCGUUGAUCUAUCUUAAAAGCAUGAGGAUGAACACAAUUUGAAGAUUUGCACUUUGGUAGUAUUUGUUUUCUUCCAUUAUUUGAUAAUACACUCUAUUUGAAAGCUUGUUCCUUGGAAUUAGUGUGCUAAUCUUGUGAUUUUCUGGUGAUGAGCGAAUACGGAUUUGUUAAUGCAGUGGGAGUCUAUGAAGUUGGGGCAAUUACCUAUAGGGAGGCAUUUCAUGUGCUUAUGUCAGUUUCUGGCAGCUUUCCCCAACUAGAACUAUAUUACAUGAAGUAAUAUAAACAGUUUUUGUCAUAUUCCCUCUACAUAGACCAUGUCCCUUGAAUAGACUUUAGUUCAUGUUAUGAUUGCCUUUAAAAUGUGUGCUAUACAUGCUUGUGGGACGGAUACUUGUAGGCUAUGUUCUUCAGACUCUUUAAAAAUGAUGCCUCACCCCUGUUAGAUUCUUCAAAAUUACAAUAGUUUUGGAGAAUUCGACAUGCACCCGUCGACCUUUUUGAAGAGUAUGAGUAUCAUAGCUUGUAGGUAGGUAGUUUCCUCUCAUAGCAACAAUAAUUUUUCAUUUCCAUAAUGGGGGUUGUGUGCACUAAGGUUACUCCACCAUUUACUUACUACCUUAACCAGAAUAAUCAGAAUUGGUAACAGGUAACGCCGCCCACCUAAUGUUUUUGGGUCAUCGACGAGAUUUGAACCACUCCAUUGACCAUUAAGUUUCACUUUUGGUUGCUCUCUUUAAUUAUUAUUGAUUAUUUAAGAUUUUGAGGGAAUGUUCCUUCAGUUGCAAAAAUUGCAGUGUCAUGUGAGCAUUGAGUUUGAGUUUGACACAUACAUGCUUCAGGUGGAUUGCAGAUAUUUUGCUGUUUCAUUGUCAUGUUUAUUUCAUAGAUUAGAUAGUUUUAAAUUUGUGUAAAUUAUAGUAAUAAUAUUUGACUUGGAUCUUUGUUGAAAACAAUAUUGGUGUAAAUUCUCUUGUUGGAAUAUAGUGUGGUUGGUGCAACUUGGAUCAGACUCUUUAGCGCAACCAGCUGUGAUGUGUAGUAAAAUUUGAUCAGUAAUGCACCCAAAUAUUCUAUGGUU